AUGGUGAGUCUAUUUGCAUUUUUCAUACUGCAAGUAUUAUUGUGGCAAUGCUUAGUCUACGGCGAUCCGGAGGUUCGACUACAGGAUGGAGAUAGUGGCCCAGGUGAGCCGCUGUUCCUGACGCCACUCCUUGAGCGUGGUGACGUGGCGGAGGCGCGGCGACUGGCGCGCGUGCCGCUCUUCCACGACCUGCACGUCGAGAGCUAUGCCGGCUUCUUCACCGUCGACAAAACCUACGACUCCAAUCACUACUUCUGGUACUUUCCGAGUAUGUCCGCUGACAGAGACAACGACCCAGUCAUCGUCUGGUUGGAGGGAGGACCGGGGUCUUCGGCACUAAUUAACUUAUUCGUGGGAAAUGGACCAGUUUCUGUGAGAAAUCACACUUUCGAGCGUAGAGAGCACCAUUGGGCGUUGAGUCAUCAUAUGAUAUAUAUUGACAGCCCGGUUGGUACUGGAUUUAGCUUCACUAAGCACCCGGAAGGUUACUGCACCGAUCAGACACAAAUCGCUGAACAUCUGUACUCCAGCCUGACUCAGUUCUUCCAGCUCUUCCUAGAGUUGAAACAGAAUGAGUUCUUCAUCGCGGGAGAGUCAUACGGCGGGAAGUAUGUCCCGGCUCUAGGCUACGCUAUUCACAAGAAGAACCCCACAGCGGAAACCAAAAUAAACCUCAAAGGUUUAGCUAUUGGUAAUGGUUUAACUGAUCCUGAAAACCAGUUACUGCAUGGACAAUAUUUGUAUCAAAUAGGUCUCAUAGAUCUCAAUGAACGAAAAAUAUUUGAGGAAUAUGAAGGUAAAAUUUUAAAUUAUAUUAAGCAUGAUAAAUGGAGAGAAGCAUAUGAUACUUUUGGUAUUCUAAUUGAGAGACCUGGUUCUUAUUUCAGAAAUUUUACUGGGUUUGAUAGUUAUUACAAAUUCCUAGAUUCUAAAGUAUACUUUUUACCUGGCAUUAAUGAAUUUCAGUAUAUGUUGAAAAAUAAUGCUACUCGAAAGGGAAUCCAUGUGGGAGAUCUGACAUUUCACAACGGAUCUGUAGUGUUUAAUAAUUUAAAACAAGAUUUAAUGAAGUCAGUCACCCCGUGGUUGUCUGAGCUCUUGGACAACUAUCACUGUUUGAUCUACAGCGGGCAACUAGACAUUAUAGUGGCUUAUCCCCUGACACUCAACUACUUGCAGAAGCUGAACUUCAGUGGUUCUGAGGAUUAUAGGACGGCUCGGCGUUCGAUCUGGCGCGUGGACGGGGAGAUAGCGGGGUACGCCAAGCAGGGGGGGAGGUUGGUGGAGGUGCUGGUCCGGAACGCGGGGCAUCUGGUGCCAGCGGACCAGCCUGAGUGGGCCUUGGACAUGAUCCAGCGUUUUACCCAUAAUACUAAACGUUGGGACUGUUAGACAACGCCAUUUUUUACAUCUUUUAUAUAUUGUUAUUU